ACUCUGUUCCUGGUCUCCCUUCCUUUCCUCCCUCCUUCUCCAGCCUCUGCCAUACACUCGUUGCUCGAUCACUUGUUUCAAAACGCCUACAUUCGCUGUUUGUGCCCGAAUAUCAACAACUUACACUAUUCUUAAUACACCCGUGUAACACCACAGACCAACCACCAGUCAAGAUGCGUUUCACCUCCAUCAUCGUUACCGGCGCUUUCGCCGUCCUGGCCGCCGCCCAGUCUACCACCAGCACCGCCGCUUCCGCUGCCUCCUCCGCCCAGGCUGUCAUCGAGAAGUGCUUGUCUGGCUGCCCCGCCACCGACGUCAGCUGCCAGGCCAAGUGUAUCUCUGUCCCCAACCCCAACGAGGACCAGGUCAACAAGACCACCGCCUGCGUCGCCAAGUGCCCUCAAGGUGACGGCAGCGAAGCUCAAACAAAUGCCUACGCGGCUUGCUCCCAAAAGUGUAUUGCCGAGAACUACUUCAGCAGCGGCUCUACUCCCGCCGCCACCGCGGGAUCCGGCUCUGGCUCAAGCGGCAGCGCGACUGCUGCCACCGCUACCGGUUCCGCCGCCACUGGCUCCGCCACCGGCACUGCUACCCGCGCUUCCGGUUCAUCUGCUGCCUCCGGCACCGAGGCUGCCUCCAGCUCAUCAUCUACCGCCAACGCUGCUCCCGCUCUUGCUGGCUCUGCUUCCUUCGGUAUUGUCGGUCUCAUCGGCGCUGCUCUCCUCAUCUAAGUACAUUGGCUAUUUGGAUGAUGAACAUAAAAGGGGGAUGAGAGGAUGGGUUGAACGAAUGUAUGGAUUCACAGAGAGAGGCAGAUUACAAGGAUACGUGUUAAUGUACUAGCGGACACCCACGUCUGCCAAUCUUCAAUAUCACACUAUCUUCCUCAUACUCCGUGUGCGCUUCAACCUCGUGUCCUUCUGUAUGACAUGCGGGUGCAAGGAUCGAGUAGAGCGUAGGUUUAACAUG